AUGGGGGAUGUCUACCCAGGCUACGGGUGCCCCCAAGCCCCUCAGGGCUACAGGGCGAAUCCGAUGUACGAUGGACAGCAACCCGCCAGUUACCCCGCCACCGCCGGCUCCCUUGGCGGUGGCGCGUACGCGCCGCCGCAGUAUCCAGCGCCACCAGAGUUAGUCAGUGGGUUCCAGGCGGCGGAUAGCGAUCAUAAUGGUCGCAUCGAUGUGGCCGAGCUAAACGCUGCCCUCUCCAGCGCCGGCUUCCGGUUUAGCCUUGGCACGACCGAGAAGUUGCUAGCCCGCUACGACCUCGACCGCAGUGGCAGCAUCACCAUGGAGGAGUUUGCCGACCUACACGAGUUUAUUACCGCAAUGCAGCAAGGCUUCCGCCAGUGCGACACCAGUGGUGACGGACGUCUCGACAGGAGAGAGGCACUCGAGGCCUUCCGGCUCAGUGGCUUCGUCCUCGGCGAGCAGACCUUCCAGGCUGUCAUGCGCAAGUUUGACCGCCAGCACCGCGGCUCGCUCGGCUUCGACGAAUACAUCGAGCUCUCUAUCUUUGUGGCGCAAGUCCGCGACGCGUUCGCCUACUAUAAUCGAGACCGCAGCUGUCAGGUGCUCUUUAACUUCGACACCUUCCUUGGCACGGCCGCAGCGAUCUGGUAA